AUGCUGCUGAGAUAUGCAGUAUAUUUUGCAUUUCUGAAAUGUCUUUACUCACUUGACAGAUUUGAUGAAAAGGAGAAUGUAUCAAACUGUAUCCAGCUGAAGACUUCAGUUAUUAAGGGUAUUAAGAAUCAGCUGAUAGACCAGUUUCCUGUUAUUGAACCAUGGCUAAACCAAAUUAUGCCAAAGAAAGACCCAGUCAAAAUAGUAAGAUGUCAUGAACAUAUAGAAAUCCUCACUGUGAAUGGUGAGUUGCUGUUCUUCAGACAAAGAGAAGGGAUUUUUUACCCAACGCUAAGGUUGCUUCACAAAUACCCAUUUAUUCUACCACAUCAGCAGGUUGAUAAAGGCGCCAUUAAAUUUGUACUAAGUGGAGCUAAUAUAAUGUGCCCUGGCUUGACAUCUCCUGGAGCAAAACUUUACCCUGCUGCUGUCGAUACUGUAGUUGCAAUAAUGGCAGAGGGCAAACAACAUGCAUUAUGUGUGGGAGUAAUGAAGAUGUCAGCUGAGGACAUUGAGAAGGUCAACAAAGGGAUUGGCAUUGAAAAUAUCCAUUAUUUAAAUGAUGGCCUUUGGCAUAUGAAGACAUACAAGUGAAACAAAAGGAACUGUGUUACUCCAAAGGAAUGCACUUAGAUUAAAUGCGGACUGCUUUGUAAUUCCUUGUUUUUAAUGUGACUGAAUGUAUAAAUUACUUUGUUCUGUGGCUCUGCUAAAUAAAUCAAGUGAAUGCGAAAGUACUGUUAGGCUACAAUAGUUUUCUAGAUUUCUCUUUAUUACAGCUCUUUUGUUUCGUCUUAAACUCAAGUCUUCAGAGACUGAAGAUACCUGGUGGAAAGAUCCUGCAUGGACUGUGAGUAGACUAUUUCAAACAAAAAGAAGGAAAAAGCCAAGAAAUGUUUACAUUUUUAUGCUCUUCUAAGAGU